GAAUAUCCCGACAUCGGACCGGACGCAGAUGACGGAGAGGCAGCGCAGCGGCAGAAAGACAAGGAGGCCGCACCUGAGGUCUUUGGCACACGGUGGGCGCCGCUCAAGGUACCCAUUAAGCGACGGUUCCAGACGGCAGCCGUACUGAUGCACUGCCUGUGCAUUGGUCUGUCAUUAUCCAUCUUCUUCGGCUUGUGUGCGAAUCCUUUUCUGUGGCCUAUCAUCAUCAUCUAUCUCGUCUCGAUGCUGUUCGCGACCGAUGCCACCGACGGCAGGCUGAGGAAGCGCAGGGAAUGGGUCCGCAGGCUUCCUCUCUGGACGUACUUUGCCGAGUAUUUCCCCGCAAAGUUGCACAAGACGCAUGAUCUCCAGCCAACUCGCAAAUAUAUCCUAGGCUACCAUCCUCACGGGAUCAUCUCGCACGGCGCCUGGGCGGCGUUCGCGACGGACGCCCUAGGGUUCUCCGAUAAGUUCCCUGGCAUCACCAACAGCCUGUGCACGCUCGACUCCAACUUCAACCUGCCCCUGUACCGCGAGUACGUCUUCGCCAUGGGCCUGUCUUCCGUCAGCAAGGAGUCUAUCAAGAACCUCCUCACCCACGGCGGGCCUAACAACGAGGGCAUGGGCCGUGCCGUCACCAUCGUCGUCGGCGGGGCACGCGAGUCCCUCGAGGCUCAGCCCAACACCAUGCGUCUCAUCAUCAACGAGCGCAAGGGCUUCAUCAAGAUCGCCCUGCAGACCGGCGCGGACCUGGUCCCUGUGCUCGCUUUUGGCGAGAACGACCUUUACGACCAGCUGGACCCGCACAAGCACCCCUGGCUGCACGGCCUGCAGCGCUACUUCCUCAAGGCCUGGAAGUUCACCGUCCCUCUGCUCCACGGCCGCGGCAUCUUCAACUACGACGUCGGCCUGAUGCCCUACCGGCGGCCCAUGAACAUCGUCGUUGGCAAGCCCAUCCCCGUCAUGCAACAGGCCAACCCGGACAACAGCGAGGUCAACCGCCUGCACGAUCUCUAUACCGAGGAGCUCCAGACGAUCUGGGAGCGCUACAAGGAUGAGUUUGCCAGCCAUCGUAAGGAGGAGAUGCAGUUCGUC